AUGGCGUUUCUGGUCCGCGAUCCAGUUAGCAAUGCCACGUUCCUACCGUCCGCACAUCGCGGGUUUGCGUCGCGUAUUCGCGUGCGGUCGCGUUGCUACGACGCGCAUUUGGUUAUUGAUGGAGGCGCUGCGUACAAAUUUAACGAUGGUGCUGAGGCCAUUUUAGAGGUUCACCCAGAGGACGCCCUCAAAACGGUUGUAUUUCGGUGA